AGUAGUGAACAACAAGUGCAGAAGACUGCAGCAGACUCCAAACUUCUCCAUCAGGACCAGGAGACAGUGGGACUUUGUGACGGUCUUGUUUAUGGACGUUUUUAUUUCAGGGGUCAAAUGUUUAUUACCUCACAUGUCCUUGACAGAGAUCGAUAACUCGGACCAGUCAGUUCAUCGGUAAAAAUGAGUCCGGUUUGGUUUAUUUUGCUUCUCUUUGUGCGGUCUGUGGAGCUCCGUCACCUCAAAUCAACCCUGGAGUUACCGGGGUCAGAGAUGGUGGUGAACCGAUCGGAAGAUGCCGGUUCUCCGGGGUCGAAAGAAAGGAGUUCCCUCGACCGUUUAGAAAGUUUAAAAGUCCCCGUCCUGAAGCGCGUGGCCCGGGGAGCGAAAGAUGGAAACUUGGGCAGAAGAGACCCACAUUCACGGAGCAGCCACGGGCAUCAGCGGAAAUACGACGACCCAAGCGGGUACUUCACCACCCCGCGAGUGGAUCGGCACAUCUCCGCCCGGCCGGGCAACUCUUCCUCGGGGCUCUUGAACCCACUUUUCCCGGUUACUGAUGGGUCCUACUGGGCGUACGUCGUCAUGCUCCUCGCGCUCGUGCUGUUCGCCGCGGGUAUCGUGGGGAACCUCGCGCUCAUGUGCAUCGUGUGGCAUAACUUCUACCUGAAGAGCGCGUGGAACUGCAUCCUGGCGGGCCUGGCCUUCUGGGAUUUCCUCGUGCUGUUCUUCUGUCUACCUGUGGUUGUCUUCCACGAGCUCACCUUGAAGAGGUUGCUAGGAGACCUGUCGUGUAGGCUCGUGCCAUAUUUGGAGGUGACUUCUUUGGGCGUGGCCACAUUCAGCCUCUGUGCUCUCAGCAUUGAUCGUUUUCAUGCAGCCACCGGCCCCGCCCCCAUCCAGACGCCUAAAGUGGAGCCAUGUCAGUCCAUCCUCUCCAAGCUCUCUGUUAUCUGGGUGGGCUCUCUGGUGCUGGCGGCCCCUGAGCUUCUUUUGUGGCAGCUGAUCCAGGAACCCAUCAGCCUUCAGACGCUCUCCUCUGGUCUGCAGCAGAACCAGCCUGCAGCCUCACUGAUGGCUGCACUAAGAGCCCGAACAGACUCGUUUAAAGUGGAUGUCUGCAUCCGGGAGCCAUCCGUGGAGCUCCCAGAGAACGUCUACUCUCUGGUACUGACGUACCACGAGGCCCGCAUGUGGUGGAUCUUUGGCUGCUACCUGUGUUUGCCUCUGCUCUUCACUCUGGCGUGUGACCUGGUGACGAGGCAGGUGUUAGCUCAGCGUUUACCGCAGAAACCUGCAGGAGAGAAAGUGACCAGCAGAUGCUCCUCCUCUUCCUCUUCGUCUUCCUCUUCCACAAAGAAGAAGCAGCACGGGAGAGAGCAGCGGCUUCGCUCAACAGUCAUGGCACUGACCGUGUUGUACAUCACAUGUAACCUACCCGAGAGCAUCUGUAACAUCACACUGGCGUACGUCUCUACCCACGUGUCUGCAGCGCUCCCAGCUCUGGUUCUGCCAGCGCUGAAUCUGAUUGGUCAGUUCCUGCUGUUCGUGCGUUGCGCUGCGACACCAGUGUUGUUGCUGUUCCUGUGUCGCUCGCUGGGCCAGGCCUUCAUGGACUGCUGCUGCUGCUGCUGUGAAGAGUGCCUCCCUGAUGCAAACUCCUCCUCAUCUUCAUCAGCUUCAACCACCGCCACCUCAAACCCCUCCUCGCCCACAUCGCCCACCCCGUCCUCCCUGUCUCCCUCCAGUAAAGAGGAGGUGAAGAGCGUGUUGGCGACAGAACCGGCGGUCUGCUUCGACCGAGCGAAAGACUCGACCACAGCUAUCGGGACACCAUGCUGAGGACCAGGACUGUUUUUACCAUAAGGACAAUUUAGGUUCAUUACAACUAGGAUCUUCUAUUUUUACCAACCCUAAUUCCAAAAAAGUUAGGACGUGGUGUAAAAUGGGGUCAACCUCUAUUUUAACUGAAUACAGCAAAAACACAAGGUAUUUGUUGUUCCAACUGAUAAACUUUAUUGAUUUUGUGGAAAUUCUACACAAAUUUUUAAUUUGAUGUCAGCGACAUGUUCCAAAAAUGUUGGGACAGAGGCAAGAAAAGACUAGGAAAAUUGUGUAACUCCUGAAAGGCUCAGUCAUUCAUAAUAGGUAGGGCUGUCCUCUUAGUGAAAGACUGCAUAGUCCAACAGUUUAUGAACAAUGGCAAGAAUGUAACUUCAACCAUCUACUGCACAUAAUAUCAAAAGAUGCAGAGAAUCUGGAGAAAAGAUCGUAGGGGUGGGCGUGAGGCGUUGUCUGCUCCAAGGGUGCAAAAAAUAGAUUUGCAGAUAUUGACUAAAACCAUGAUGAAGUGGUUAUUAAGUAGUUUAUACAAAGGUCUUUUGACAAUAAAAGCAUGCAUAAGCCUUUUUUAGGGUUUUA